CACAGCAUCACUCCUCGAGCCUUCACAUCUCCUCACCUCGCAUCUACAUCUCUACCGCCAUCUCUCAGUUCCCUCUCGUCGACAGAACAAGCACCUUCCAGAAAUGCCUCCCAAGAAGAUUAGAUGCUCCUUCAAGGAGUGCCGGGACGCGGCGCAAAGGAUAGUUGGCGACUGCGGUUUCUGCAACGGACACUACUGCGGCAAGCACCGGUUACUAGAGGAUCACAAGUGCGAGGGCUUGGAAGACUGCAAGAAGGAAGCGCAUGAGGCGAACGCGGCGCAACUGAACUCGGAGAGGACCCAGGUCAUCAAGGGUGUUUAGGACCAGGGUGUUUAGGACCCCUUUCGGAGCCGAAACUCGAUGGAUACGGCGAAUAUCCAGAGCCUGGAUUGGUCACCCUCUGUGGGGAUGACAAACCGAUGAGGCCAGCGAUCACCGGCUCGGACACUCCCAAACACGUUACAUUCGCGAGAGCCACGACGCCUUCUCACCCAACCACACCUGAAUAUUCAUUUCCCGACUGUAUUAUAGCUGCAUGGCGUCAAGGGGUUUUAACGGCCUUGGCAUAAGACGGU